AUGGUUGCAGCUGAGAGUGUUAUGGCCCCGAUAAAUGGCCAUCGUGGCCAUCAGCCAGACCUGAGGGAGAUGCUAGAGUACGAGAAAAUCGUGAAUUUGCACGACCAGAUAUUCUCUGGACAUCACCCAAGAUUAAAAGUUCCCCAGCAUGUCAUCCGCAAAGUUACCCCCCGAUCUGUCCAGACCCCUCCACUCCCUGGUCUUCAUCCAAUGCCUCCUGAGCCUCCAGCGGCUCCGCAGGCAAAACCGUAUCCCCCUUCUUCCAGCACACAGCCCAACGCAAUGGCAUUGGCGAAUGGCUCUGCUGCUAAUACUGCUGCUGCUGCUGCUGCUAUUGCUCCUAUUCCUUCGGAGGCGGUUGCCCCCUCCAGUCAUAGUGGCCCCAGUGGCCCUCUAACUACUCAAAAACCAGUGUCUGAAAUUGACCCUAUAUUCCUUACCAAGUCUGACGACCUGAUUAGAGCCGAAAUACAACUCCAACGUCAGCGGGUUGAGCGUACAUUACGUGACCAGCUGGAGCAGAAGAAGAUUGAGUACAGAAGAAAGACGUGUCUCCAAGAAUCAAAACCUGACUUCGAUGUUUCGGAAGUCUUGAGGGAGGCAUUGCAACUUGUUAAGCCUAUUUCAACAACUGAUAUGGAUGGGGCUAAUGCAAACACCGCAGCCAGUGAUUCCUUUGAGGACAAUUCGUUUUACUCGAGCAAAGCCCCCGAUUCCCCUCAAGUUAGCGACCAGAAUCAGCAGUCAUCCCCCGUCCAACCAGAACCGGCUCGCCCGGUGGAAGCUGAUGAAGUUCCUUAUGAAGGCCAUGUAGACCGGCAGCAUGUUGAUAGCGAUCGCGACAUGAUGGAUGUGGAGAUGCAGGAACCGUAUAAUGUUGCUGCCAAACGUGGACCAUUGUCGAGGAGCCCAGAAAACCUAACCCCUCGUCGCCCCAGUCCUAGCCGAUACUCCGCCCGAGAGCAGCCUGAUAUGUAUGAUGAACCAGAAUACUCCCCACCGGGUCCAGAUAUUCCUUCAGGUGGUCGGAGAGACGAAGAGGGAGAGUAUAUUCAAGAACCAGAACCAGAUAUAAACUAUAGAAGGAGAAGCUAUGGCAGGCCAGUGGACCGUGGUCAAGAUACACGACGUAUCACGCCACCAGGCCAUGAUAUUAGGAUCGCCAGGAAUCAUAUAACAUCUCCAGCUGCUCCCCAGCCCUCGAGAGUCUCGCCGCUUGCUGUAACAAAGGUGCCGUCGCUUCCCCAAAGUCGACAACAGCGGCACCCGCGCCCGAUUGAUAAAGUAGCCACGACCCAAGGAUCUGGACGUACAAGCCCCGAAGUUGCUCCACAGCCGAUACACUCCCGAAAGCGCCGACGUGUCCAGGAGAAUAGGGAUAGACCUCGUGCUCGUGUUGCCAAUGAAGGAAGGGUGGCAGAUUCCCCCGAUCAACCUUACAUCAAGCCCGAGCCAAUUUCUCCUGUCCCAUUUUCCGACUUGCCACUUGCUAGCUCAUCAAGACAACGGCGACACCCCGAAAGGGCUGCUUAUGUUGAUAUUUCCUCUCCACGAUAUUCCCCUGUGGAGAAUCGUCGGGAGAGUGGACAAAGAUACGAGGAACAUGCAGAUAGAGGCUAUGAUAUUGGACACCCUAUUGAUCUGAGUAUCCCGCGGUCUGCGUCCAGAGUUACUUACAGGAAACCUGCCCGCGAUGACCAAAAUCUACGUCGUGUUGCAAGCUUACAAAGUGCUAGGCAACCUGAAUAUAUGCAUGAUUAUUUAGAGUCGCCCGUUGACUACCAACCACGACUCGUACGGGCCACUUCCUAUGCCGUAACCGACCGCCAGCCAGAAAGGGUUAAGUAUUAUGAAGAACCUGGGCAACAGUACAGCAGACGAUAUAUCACGGGGGACGUCUCUCCUCCCCCGCCAUCAAGGUUCCGUGGACCUUAUCCAGAGAUGGAGCCUGAGCCCCGUGUUAUGGCCCCGCCUCAACGCCGUGUCGUCGUUGACGCUGACGGAAAUCGAUAUAUUGAACAAAUAGCAACUCCCGCCCCAAGGCUCCAACCGAUGUCUACUCCAUCGGCCAGAUUCUCAAGGAUGGAGUUGUACGAGGGCCCUCCCCGCAUGGCAACUGGUAGCGUCCGUGCCGCUUCCGUAAUGGAGGAACCCUAUCGUGACCGCCGCUACGCCCAAGACAUGCCGCCCCCAUCUGUAACCUAUCGACGGGCGCCAGCGCCAGAAUACCCGCGCGAAGUCGUUCGUGAGCGGCCUGCCUACCCCCGUGAGGUCGACGAGCGAGGACUCAUCGAUUACGCCCCGCCUCCUCGGCAUGCAACCUAUUUCGAGGAACCCUUGCCCCGGGAAGAUAUGGUGAGGAUGUCCAGCGUUCGGCCCCAGCCGUCACGGUACGAGGAACCCGUACGCCAACCACUGCAGCGCAUGCAGAGUGUCAGGCCCAGCGGGCGUGAGAUAAGUGUAUAUGUGGAUGAUGAGUCCCGUCCUCGUCGGGAAUAUGCACCCGUUGAGCGGGUUGGGUAUGCGGCUGCUCGACCUAUGAGGGAGGAGCAGUAUUAUGAUGAUUAG